AUGAGAAGGUAAUACCUUAGAUUAUUUUUCCCAAUGGGCACAACUUAAAAAUUCAUUCAUGGGAUGAGGAUUCCCACUUAUUAGUUUUCUCAAACAGCAUAAGCAAAUGAUUAUAGAGCAAUUUUAAAUUAACUUACAUAAUUGCAUUAAGGAAAAUAAUUAGAUAAAACAUGUAUAUGAAUAAUUUAAUUAGAAAGAGGUUUCAAGUUUAUUUUAACAAUUGAAGCCUUAUUUGCCUUAAUUCGAAAACCAAGAAAUAAGAUAAUUAGUAUCCAUAAGUUUUUCUCAGCAAAUAAAUGAUGAAAAUUAUGCUUAAAAAGUAUUUGACAGAACCACCUAAUUAUAUUUAGAAUAGUAAUAUUAAUAAAAUGAUAAACUAGGUAAGCAUCCUUAGUUGAAACCCUCGACAUACUAUCACUAUUAGUGUCAGGAAAUUACACAAAAUAAUUUUAUCAAUAGUAAUUCAAUUUUGUAGCAGCUGUGUCAUAAGCUCCUGACUUAAAUGCAUCAUAAAUUGGAUUGGCUAUGUUCAUAUAUGGAUAAGUCUCGUAGUAUACAAAGGCCACAAAUAAGGAGGUUGAGUAAUCCUUACUUUUGAAUUUUCGAUAACACAUAGACCAUUUUAAGUCAAACGAUCUUAAGCACUUCUCGUUUGGUUUGAUAUUGGCUAGGAUUUAAAGGAAAGACAUCUUCGAUAUAUUGGAAAAACAGAGUUUAGUGACUGAGAUGGAAUUUUAAGAUUUGAUUAGGUACACUCAUAGUAUUCUAAAUGUAGAGUUGGUACAGGAAUAGCAUUAUUCGGUAAUGGGUCGCCUGAGUUUUGGAAAUUAUUGGAGGAGUAAGCUAUAAAGAAUAUUCCAACAACAGAGCCAUAAAAUAUUACAACCUUAUUUAUGUUAUAUAAAUAAUUUGGACAUGGAACACAAGAGAUUUUUAAACUUUUUGAAUAACAAUUUAUUGAGAGGUAUGAUUAAUUUAGCAACCUUUUGAAAUUGCAGAUGUUUUCAAGCUUUGCUAAAAUCAGAUACCCUUCUUCUGCCAUUUUUAAACUCUUUUUCAGGGAUAUUGUUGGAAUAAUCUAGAGUGUCAACGUUACAGCAGUUUAAAUGUUGAUUUUCGAUUGUUAGAAAGUAAGGAAAACAAAUAAAUAAUGUUAGAUUUUUCAUUAGUUCCCUAAGCAAGUCCAACAAUUCUUUAUUAACUUCAUCUUAAAACAUUAUUAAAAGUUUAACCCAGUCAUAAAGUCGAAACUAUAUGAUUCAUUUUAGGAACAAUAAUUAUUGACUGAGGAAUUAGAAGUUGCUUUAUUAAAAAAAAAAUGA